UUUGUAUCUAAGGAUAGUCCAUCUCGAAAUGUUGUCUAAAUUGGGAUGUCUGUUGUUUGUUCUUUCGUUUGGGAACAGCUUUUGUUCAAGCCAGGAUGAUCUGCCAGAGAUAGACACGCCUUUGGGCAGAGUUCGGGGAUAUUGGAAGAUUUCAGAUGGCAGGAAAUAUGCUGUUUUUGAGGGAAUCCCGUACGCAACACCGCCCGUGGGCGAUCUGAGAUUCGAGGUAAGUCAAAAUAUUUUCAUCUUUAAGGACAAUAAAAAGAAUCAGUAG